AAGAUGGAAAAAUUUGUUUUGUUUAUGUUUUUAAAAAUAUCAUUUAUAGCGGGGGACAUCAUUUUGCAAACAGAUGAGUUUUGUUCUGUCUGUUAUGAAGAGUAUUGUAGAAACCCAGCGUAUUAUCGAACCAAGUACAACUUUCAGAACAGCAUAGAUGGAUAUGAGGAUGUGAGGUCGCAGUCUUAUAAUUUUUACCAGGACUCAAGGAACUGCAUUGUAUCUAUAAAGGCCAAACCAGAGCACCAGAUCACAGUCAGUUUAGACGUCCUGGACAUUGAUGCUAACCAUGGCCCUGUUAACGAAGAUGGCAUUCCAUCCUACUGCAAAGAUUUUUUGAAACUUUUUAAUGGGCCCCGUGUUGACAAUGCCAGACUGAUCCCUGGAUUUCCUCCUGGAGGUCUGUGUGGGAAAAUCCGAUCCUCUGCAGAUUUCCCCAAUCUGAGAUCUUUCAAAACUACACAGAAUGAACUGACUGUACAGUUUGUUACUGACAAUAAAAAAGACAGCAAAAUCGGAUUCACGCUCCGGAUAAGGCAGAUUCCUUACUCUAAUCCGGGGAACCUGUAUCCAGAUGGCAGUAAUCCUGGAGGUUGGAGUGAUGGCUCUUUCAAUGAGUUCCAGAAUAACUGGGAUGAGCAGAUUGUGAUCCCCGGGGGACAGGGUCCAGGCAGUGGGAAUGACUACGACAAAGAAACCAAUGGUCUGACCUGUUACUCCUGUAGUUACUGUAAUGUGGAACCAUUCAAACCCGAGGACUCCGGGGUAGGAACAGAAACAGGGUGUCAUGUCUGCUCCAAAGAGUGGGACGAUGAAUAUCAGGUCGCCAGAAGAAAAUGUUACUCCCAGAUUGAAUAUUAUAGAGUGCUACAAAGCUUGGGAACAGUGUUGGAGCCAGUUACAGACUACAUCGGUUGUAAGAAAUUUAUCACCACCUACCAACGAGCUGUUAACUACUGCUUUUGCAAAGGCAACAAGUGCAAUGCUGGCAAUCAUGUCAUAUACAAUCCAAUAGUUAUGAUUUUUAGCCUUUUAUUAGUGAGAUUUUUAUACAAGCUAUGAAAACUUUUGAAAAAGAAGCUAUUUUAUAUCUUCAAGGUUGUGCCAUUGUUUUUCAAAGGAAUAUAUAAUGACUUCAAAAACAUAUCAUUUUUGAUAAUUUUUAUAAAUAUAUAUUUUGAAAUUCAUUCCAAUUGUUUAUAUUUUUUAAUUCAUUCCAAUUGUGUAACUUUAUAUUUUAUACUGAUGCUUUUCUUGUUGUAAAUUUUAUUGAAAAGAAAAUCUUGUUAUUGUAUGGUUGUUAUAUACAGUCAGUCCUCAUUAUCGUAAACUCACUGGGACCAAUUAAUAUAAACAAAGAUAUCUAAAGAUUUGAGAUAAAGAGAUUAAAAUGUUCUAAAAUAAAACAUGACUGGGACUUUCAAAACACUUUGAUGUAGUAUAGGAGAUAUUGAUAUUUAAAAAUACAUGUACUGAAGUCCAACUGUUCUUGUAAAAUGUGCAAAAUGUUAUUCAUAUCAGUUUAAUUGUUUUGUCAUCUGUACCCAUUCCUGUUUUUUUUC